GUAUAUAAAACACACCAGCGUGGGGUUGUGUACAUAUGUGUCCGGCUGCAGUGCGCGCUCUCUGAGUGGAAGAGCGCAUGCAGAGGCAGGAGACACGGAUCCAAUCAGGACGGGGUCCGAACCUGAUGCAGACAAAGCGCUGCCCGUCCGUUGUGGUGCUGAACCGCAGGGCGCUCACCCCGCCCGCUGACGCAGCGCAAACUCAGCAACUAACGCAAACUUUGUCUGCAUGGACCUGCAACCAGACCGAUAGCAGGGAGCUGAAGUGAUGGCCGCACUCCGCCCAACUGCCAUGGACUUCGAUCCGGCUGCGUGAGCAGGCAUUGGACCGGAACUCGGCGGAGCUUCCGCAGACGAGCUGCGUUUCCACCACCGAGGUACGCUCGGCGUCUCUUUACUCACGGAUCAGGUGGAAGGAGGUGAGGUAGAGGGGGAGAAUGGGCUGCAUCAGCUCCAAAUCGCCUGUGGGUGAACGUUGACAACACCACUGAAAUGCUACCAAAGUCAAGAAGAGCUCUCACCAUCCAAGAGAUUGCUGCUUUAGCACGGUCCUCCCUGCAUGGUAUUUCCCAGGUGGUGAAGGACCAUGUGACAAAGCCUACAGCCAUGGCGCAGGGCAGAGUAGCCCAUCUGAUUGAAUGGAAAGGCUGGUGUAAGCCCAUGGACACUCCGGCAGCCUUGGAGUCAGACUUCAACUCCUAUUCUGACCUCACAGAGGGGGAGCAAGAGGCUCGCUUUGCUGCUGGUGUGGCAGAGCAGUUUGCCAUCGCCGAGGCCAAGCUGAGGGCCUGGUCCUCUGUGGACGGAGACGAGUCCAACGAUGACUCAUAUGAUGAAGACUUCCUGCCUGCUACUGAGCCUGCCACACAGAGCACAGAUGUGGCUUCUUAUCCACCGUACUUGAAGGACCUGAUCAGCAGCCAGCUUUGCCAACACCUGGGUCUGAGAAGGCCUUUUUCCGAGAGCGGAGGAGGGAGGGGAGAGGGAGGCAGCAGCAGAGAGCCCUCCCCCACAGCGGGAUCUCCGGAUACCCUGUGCUCCAGCCUCUGCAGCCUGGACGAGCAGCACCCGCUGCUGCGCGACCUGUGCAGCCAUCAAAGCAGCCACGCCCAAAGCACCACUGCUGAGCUCGCUGCCAAGAUCCUAUCUGCCCUGCACGGAGGGGAGGAGCUUCUGGCCCGACUUCAGCGGGUAGGGCAGAGCGGGCCGGGUGGGGGUGACAGUGGCUUCCACAGCCUGGGUGGAGGCAGUCAGGGAAACAGGCUUUUUGGGGGUCAGGACUCUCCUUGCUUCUCCAUGUCUUACUCUGAGGCAUACCUGUCCCCUGGAGAGGAUGACGACAUCCCUUGCAAGGACUAUGAGAGCACUGAGUGCCAAGAGGAGACAGAGGAGAGCAGGGUGGAGUACCCACGUGACUACGACCCACGUAGGAGGUUGUCUGAUGUAGCCUCAUCUGGGGUUGUGUCCCUGGAUGAGGAAGAGGAGGAGGAGGAGGAGAGAGCAGGGGAGUCUGACAACCACUGACUCCUGGACUUUUUUACUGACGCGCUACAACCUGGGAGAUCUGCUGUUUUUGAUUUGUAUUUUUUUAAAAACUUCUCAACCCACAGAGUAUGUUUGAAGGUGUUAUCCCCCCCCCCCCCCCCCCCCCCCGACCCUUUUGACUGAUAUAUAACUCAUCCGUCUUUGCCUUGCAUCAUUUCCAAUCUCCGUCUCAUCCCUUAAGUGCUCUGUCCCCGUCCCACAGACCGAACAAUCUCUUUCAUCAGUGCAAAAGCAGGACCGGCCUCGGUCCUGCCUGGACCGGACUAGGAGCAGCAGGUUGACUCACGGAGAUGACGCCCGCCGUUUUCAGCUCUGUCCCUCUCUGCUGCGGUGGACAGAAGGACCGAGGGUCCAGAACUUUUCUCUGCAUGUGUUUUGUGAGUGCUGAAACCACCGGGCUGACGAUCUGCAGCACGAUCUGUAAUCUGAGCUGUGGGCCCCACCCCCCUUUCUUCCACAGAGGCCAGGUUGACAAUGCAUCCCUGCACCUGCUCUCCGUCCCUCCUCCACUUCCUUUGCAAGACCCUGAGAUGCAUCCUUUAAGGCAUGGCUUGCUGAGCAUGCCAUACUACUUAACCCUGUCACUACCAAUUAUGAGUAAAUGCUGGAAUGUCUUGAAAGUGACAGGAAACGGUGUGUAUUUUAAAUGAAAGUAAAAAAAAAAAAAAAGGUUUGUCACAACAGAAAUGAUAUGCUUUUCUUCUACUAGUUUUCUAUGAGUCAAACAUGUUGUUGGUGUAAUCAUCAUAUUUCCUGGUGUUCUGUGGGUCCUGCAUGGAAGACACCAGGACUGUGGUCGUCUUAAAAAUAAAAACACACAGCAGCAUCAGCAGCGAUGGCGGGAAACACAACGAAUGUUCAAGAAGCGACGCUUCAUCGACGGACGUUUGGCAGGAAGUGAUGUGGGAGUGUUUUCCUGGGAAAAGAGGACCGUUGCACCUGAGAUUUCCUCUAUUUUUGUAUACGUUGUCUUGCUUUGAUCUCUUUGCCUAUGCGGCGUGCCAGUGUAUGUGGUUUUUGCACGAAGCUAAUGUGGCUGUAGAUUUCUCCUGUUCUUUGUUAUCACUGUGUGAUAUAGUCUACUGGGAAAAAAAACACUACAAAUGUGAACAAAAAGUCUUAUUUUCAGUUUUUUUUAAUUCAAAAGAGGAUACUGUGAUCUUUUUCACCAUCUGUCAUGAUCCUCCUGAAGAGCCUGUGUUGUUUCAUUGGUUUAAAACCUUCAGAGCGCUCUUCUUGGUUCGUUUUGGAAGCUCUGCCUUUGAUUCUGUCCGUAGACUUUCUAUGAUGCUUGUAAAAGGGCGUGUUAACAUCAUCUCCAUGGUGACGUCUGAGGUCAUUCAUGCAACUCAGGAACUUCCAUCAGACGCUUUCCGCCGACAUGCACAACGUUGCUCCCCUCUCAUCCUCCAUGAGUGUGCUGUGGGGAUUGAGUGUGAGAGGAAACGUCUGUUCUGCGUUUGUUUUCUACAGAUAAUCCAAGCACAGACUCGGUUUCCCUCUCAACAGUUUUGUUUUCCAAAAGCCUCGAUGAGAAAGUUUGUAUUUUGGCAUCUUGUUUUAUGAAACUACAUGGAAUUGUGUGUCGUACGAUGUCAGCGAGCACCUGGUGCUUGCACCGUAAAUCCAUUCCAGAGUCCCUCUGAUGCAGCGAUUCCCUUUAAAACAGCGUCAGGCGUGGCUGAGCUUCUGUUGGAUGUUGGACUUUCGCCAGUUCUCAAGAUCUCAAACAAAAACAAAAAAACAACCACAGAGUCUUUAAACUACAGAAUCUCGGUUUAUAAAGGAAGUGACAACUCAGGGGGAACCAUUAAAGCUGUGCCUUUCACCUUUGACCUCUCAAACUGCAUCAUCGUCAUUACAUCCUCCUUGGUGCCACUUAGACCAGAGAUUGAUUUCUGUUCUGUUCCGCAUUUGAAUCUGAGGACGAGAAAAGUGAAAGAUGAAGGUUUGCAUUGGAGAAAAGCAUCACUGUCCUGUUGCAUCUUGCUGCAGGUCACAGUGGGCCGAUUUACGUCAUCGUCCUCUGGGUUGUCGUUAAAAUCCAGCGAUGGAGGCAAGGCGAGGUCGUGCUUUUGAUCGGGUACAGUGACGUGAGCUCGCCAUUGUUCCUCAUCACUCACUCUCCUCUGUUUUUCAGCUCGCUUUCUCUUCACACGUUUUCUGUCUGUAAAUCUGAAGGUCCCGUCCUCUAGAGGCUCUUCUACAAAGUGUGUGUUUGUGUUCAGCUUGUAGACACGAGCCGACAUUGGAUACUUUUCAGAGAAUUACUCCAGAUUCUCUCUGAGUGUGUGCAUGCAUGCAUGCGCGCGUGUGUGUGUGUGUGUGCGUGUGUGUGUGUGUGUGUGUGUGUGUGUGUGUGUGUGUGUGUGUGUGUGUGUGUGCGUGUGUGUGUGUGUGUGUGUGUGUGUGUGCGUGUGUGUGUGUGUGUGUGUGUGUGUGUGUGUGUGUGUGUGUGUGUGUGUGUGUGUGUGUGUGUGUGAUAGGGGCAGGAGGACCCAGUGCUAUAAAAAGACAUCAAAACAUUUGUCAGACAGCGUGGCGGCAGGAGGGCCCAUAAAUAUUCAGCUGGUGUUGGUGCCUCCGUCACCCUGUAACCUACUGAUCAUCUCAGAACAAAGCAGAUGGGCCCGGGGACUGCACCAGGACCCCCAUCAGCUUCUGGGCCAGAACUGGGUAAAGUGUAAAAACCUAAGAACAGAGAUCAGUCCUGAUGCUUCAAGAGACCUCCCCUCCCCGACAGGUACUCUGACCGGGCAGGAGGAGAGGGAUGACCCAUGACGAAUGUACUGAUUCAUCUCCAGCAUCCGACUCACCCCCGACCAUUCCCAUUCCCGUCUCUUUCUUUAUGCCUCUUUCCUGUUUCCCUUUGGGAAUGUUUCUGUUUUGGCUGAAUGUAAUUAUUUAUUUAAAAGUCGUCAUUUUGGAUUGAAAAUUUGUUUGCUGCAUCUGAAAUAAUUUCCAGAUAAUAAAAUAUUGUUUUUGUCCUUUGCAAGAAAUUCCA